AUCGAUUUCUUGAAGGCAUGACCUCGUUCUGCAUUUACAUGUGACGUGCAGCCAGUGUUGCUCCGUUGUCGAGAUACCGGGAUUUUAAUAAUUCUCUCUGCCGCUUCAUAGGCCUGAGAGUUCACCUUGAAAUCUCGAACAAGCACGCGUGUUUUUAGUCACUCCUUUCAAACCUCGACAUCUUAAGCUACCUCAGACGCACUCAGUCUGCAGCAGUGCAGGUCACAACAUAAACAGUCAGCACCAUGUCUGUCAACAAGGCAGCCGCUUCCGAGCGGCUGGCUGCCAAGGCCAAGACAAAGAAGCGUGCCAGAGAGGAUGACGGCGGUGCUAAGAAGAAGCGGAGAAAGUCGGGCUUCGAGAAGGAUGAAGCGCUCUUCGACAUGGAAGCCGGAGUGAACAAGGCGAUCGCUCUCAUGGACUCUCAACUUCUCGCCGACCACAUCGCGCAGAAGACCACCCGCUUCAACUCGGACAAGACUUCGGUCGAGCUGGCAGAUCUCUACAUUUCACCCAAUUCCAUUCAAGACACAACCUCCUGGGUUGAGACGAGGAAUCUGGAAAAGCUGCCAGAUUUCCUAGAGAAGUUCACCGCCCAACCCGAAAGGCUGAGCGAGGCCCCCAAGGCCAAGGGGUCACCACAUACGAUCGUGGUCACCGGCGCUGGACUGCGGGCCGCCGAUAUUGUGAGAUCGUUACGGAAAUACCAGGGCAAGAACAACACUGUGGCGAAGCUUUUCGCCAAGCACAUCAAGCUCCAGGAGAGCGUCGAUUUCCUCACCACGCACCGGACUGGCGUUGCUGUUGGCACACCCAAGAGACUGAGUGAUCUCGUCGAAAACGGCGCCCUCAAGCUUGACCGACUCGAGCGACUUGUCGUCGACGCCUCUCAUAUUGACCAGAAGAAGCGGGGGAUCCUUGACAUGAAGGAAGUCAUGAACGACCUGUUGCCGUGGCUGACACGCAAGGAGCUCAAGGAUCGGUACACGGAUUCUUCGAAGCCCGUGCAUCUUCUCUUCUACUAAUUUGUGUUUCGAGACGCAUGGAUACCAAAGCAUAUAAAUGGCGUUUAAAGGGCACGGUUGCCAGGACUCAGAUUGCGUAUGGAGUGUUUUUUUAUCAAUCAUAUGGCAUUGCAUCAUUUCAAGGUGCCCAUUCUACCGA